CUUGGAUCUACGCGCAAGCGCGCAUUUGAAAACUUGUACAGAGUCCUAAACACAGCGACGCUUUUGAACAGUGUUUUUUUUACAAUAAAAUAGGUACUAUUAAACAAUUAAAUUGAACAUAUAGUGAUGAAGUAAAUAUCGUAUACUAAGUAAAUAAAAAAUGAAUGACAUUUUGUGACAGUUUUGUUAUUUGAAAAUUGCGAUUUAAGUGUUUUUUCUUUUUGUAUCGAUUUAAUUAUGGUAUUUUUCACGUAAUUAUUAAACUAACAUUAAAAUGGAUGAUGCUAGCAAAUCUUCAGAAGAUGACAGUACUUUCGAUGAAGAACAACUAUUGGCAGCCCUUGACGGAAAAACAAGAAAAUCAAUUAAACCUGGAGAUGCGUUUAAGGAUAACAGGCUGGUGGUGGACGUGCGACAGUCAAUGAUUCACAGAGCUUUGGCAAAAAAAAACGAUGCCGGUUCAAAAGAUGUCGACGACGAACCGCAUAAAGGCGCUGAAGACGACGCUCCUAAAACGCCCAUUGAAGAUGCAAACGGCACACAAAAAGAUCAAAACCAGCAAAAAUUCCACAGCACACCGAUGCCACUGCACGGAUUUCAACGAUUCUCCAUGGAAAUAUCCGACAUCGACUGCGAUUCCAGCGGCUUAUGCCGGGUGACGCAGAAAAACACCAGGCAAAACACCAGAAAUAAAUACGUCAACACUGAAACAAACAAGGUUAAGGAUAAAGAAACAAUAACUGUUAAUGAAGAUGUUGGAAAAAAGGAUGCAUCGACUACAGUUAAUGAAGAUGUUAGAAAAAAGGACGCUUCAACUAAUGCAGGUGCAGCAGGGAAAAGUAUGUGUACUAGAAGUAAAAACAAGUCUUCAAUGCAAAAAUCCAUAGGCACGUCGCCAAUAUCCCAGCGGAAUAAAUCAACGCAAGGCGAAAGCGUUAUAACCAUCAAUUCAACAGGCAAUACUUUACCAGACCUUUCAAAUAUAACAUUACGCAGUAAAAAUAUUCCUGAUACUUCAUAUUAUCUUAGAAACAGAAAGCAAACAAAUCCAACCCAAUGCAUCAGUACACUUUCUAAACCUACAAAACAUAACACUCCACCCAAAAAAUCUCUAGUUAUCCCUUUAUGUCAAUCAAUUGAUGUAAAAAACGCACUUCACCGAGAUCCAACACAAUGCAUCAGUACACUUUCUAAACAUACAAAACAUAACAGUACACCCACAAAAUCUCAGGUUAUCCCUUUAUGUCAUUCAAGUGUAAAAAAAAACACACUACACCGACAAGUCUUGAAAAAAACUUUCUCUUUAAAGAAAAAACGGGUCAAAAAUAAUAAAACAGUUGAGAAAGAUGACUGGCCUUUUAAUGAAACAGGUUUUCACAAACUGGACAGCCCCGGUCAUCCACACCACACUUCAAUAAAAAAAAUCCAAACCACGGCGAAGAAAAAACAACGUGCCAACCACACGAUGGUGGCGCCUGAUGAUUUAAGCGUAUGUUCCAGUAGUAAAAGCGACGUCUUGGAGGAUAUCUUUGCCAGUUCAAGCAAGUUGUUUAAGUCCACUGAUAAUAACGCCAUUCCGGAUUUUUCCAUCUACGAAAACGAUUUUAUACCGACCAACGUAAAUGAACCUUGGAGGUUCGAAUGUACACCGUCGAAAACCAAGGAGGGAAACAGUGUUAACUUGAAUUUUUUGAAUUACAGAACAUCUAAUAUUUUUAAAGAAUCCGAGAAGGUUGUUUUAAACGAAAGCGUUAUCAAAAAUGCAAGCAAAAAGGUUAAAACGAAGAUGAAUAAAAGGCGGAGAAAAACUGUUUAUGGUAAGGUAAGACCCAGAAAGAAGACCAACAAUAGUUUAUUGAAAACCCUCGAAAAAUCAAGGGAAACCAAAUCAAUAGCUGAGAGUCCCAUAAUGGCAACUCAAGAAUCUCCAUUACUUAACAAAAAACGCCUCAACAAUACAAAAUCUCAACUCAACAUUCCCGAUAUUCCCGAAACACCUUACGUUGCCACACAAGAGAAAGAUUUUACAUGUUUAAAAAGAAAAUACGCAUCACAGGAAAAUACCUCACCUCAAAAGAAAAACAAGACCAUCCAACCUUCCCCUUUACAAGAACUUCCAGAAAGUCCAGUAUCCACGCCAAAAUCAAACCAAAAUGAAAACUUAGGAUUGAGCCCAAAAAUAAAUCCAAGAACUAAAAAACUAUCCAGGUGCAAUUUAAUGAAGUCCUUUUCGCAAUUCAACAAUAAUGAAAGUGAACGCCAAAAUCAAACAGAACAUAUAGAAAGCGAUUCAGAAGUGGAAUCCAGCCGAAAAUCCAUGGAAAAAAACAAGCAAGCUUUAAAGACCUAUAAGAAAACUGAAGCUUCAAAAUCUCCAAGGUUGCAAAGCCCCCAAAGACUGCAAAGCACUUCAAGAGUGGACAGUCCUGUAAGAGUACAAAGUAAUCUGAAAGUGCAUAGUCCUACGAAGGCACCAAGUUCAAUACGCGUUCUAAGCAACUUAAAUUUACAAAGUACUUCAAGAUUAAAAUUUCAAAAAGUACACAGUCAUUUGGAAGUGUGUAGCCCUACAAAAGUAGGAAGUACUCCAAGAGUGGACAGUUCCUUAAUAGUACAAAGUACUUCAAGAGCACACAGUCCUAUAAAAGUAAGGAGUACUCCAAGAGUGGACAGUCCCUCAAGAGUACAAAGUACUUCAAGAGCACAGAGUCCUAAAAAAGUAAGAAGUACUUCAAGAGUGGACAGUCCCUCAAGAGUACACAGUCCUUUGGGAGCACAUUGUACUAAGAAAGUAAGAAGUACUCCAAGAGUGGAAAGUCCCUCAAGAGUACAAAGUACUUCAAGAGCACACAGUCCUAAAAAAGUAAAGAGUACUCCAAGAGUGGACAGUCCCUCAAGAGUACACAGUCCGUUGGGAGUACAUUGUCCUAAGAAAGUAAGAAGUACUCCAAGAGGGGAAAGUCCCUCAAGAGAACAAAGUCCUAUGAAAAGUCAACAUAUUUUGGAAUUACCAAGUCCUAUAAAAGUGCAAAGCCCUCCAAGAGUGAAAAGCCCUGCAAAAGUGCGAAGCCUGCCUAAAGUGCUAAGUCCGCAAAAGCGUAAAUCCAGUCCAAAAAAAGUUGAGGAUGACGUGGUUUACAAGAAACCGGAAGUUCCGCCUCCUAAAAAAACAGGCAGAAAACCCAAAAAUGAUACUGUUUCAUCAUCCACAGUUUCGUCAACAUUGGGUUCUACCAUAUCCAGUUCAGGAGUCAGAAAAUCUACAAGAGAAAGACGAGCUGCAGUCAAUCCUUUCAUGUGUGUUUAUUAUGUAGGCACUCAAGAAGGUGAAAAAACUAAAGCAAAGAAGGCUAAGGAAAAAAAAGUAGCUGCAGAACCAAAUAAAAUUACAAAAACGCCAAAAAAAAGAGGGUCAAAGAAAAAGGUUCCUACCUCAGAACAAACCACUCAAAAUAUAAAUGAGGAGGAAAAUAUGAUUACUUCAAAUCAAAAUUACCUAGCAAAUUCUCCUCUGCGGGAUGACGGAAUGGAACCCGAUUCCCGAAUGAGUGUAAAAGGUUCGUCGUUUAAAACGAAAACAAGUUUUAGUCCGUCAAAGGCCAAACGCCUAACGAAUAGCCAAAAAAAGAGGAAGUCAAAAUUGGUGCCAAAUGACGAAAGUGCAAAAACACAUACAGAAGAAUCUACAUGUUCAAACAGCAGUCAAAAAUCAUUGUUUUCUGAACUUAUUACCAUUAAUAAUACAUCUUUUAGGUAUAUAAAUCAAUCAAAAAAUGUUGAAGCGAAAAAUAUGACAAACGGUUUAAGCAUAACUGAAGUUCUAACCAAUCCAGUGGCCAAUGGGGUUAUGGGCUUUAUUAACCUUGAACCCAACGCGUGGAAAAGCCCUAAAAUAUGCAAAAAAUAUGUUUUGUGGUUAUUUGUACUAAACGGUGAUGGAGAAGUUACCAUACAAAACCAAAAGUCCAAAAUAGAAGAGUAUACCAUGUUCACAGUACCUCUAGGUUGCUCAUAUUCGCUAAAAAAUCUUAGUAAUAUUACACAGCUGAAAUUAUUAUUUGUCAAGCAAAGGGACACCUCUGCCAGAAAAAACUAAACUGUAUUGUACUGUAUAACAUGUAGAUAAAUAUAUUUUUAUAAUUUUUUAUAAUAUAUAACUUAAAUUAUUCUUUCUUAUUUUGCAAAUUUUCUAACUGGUACAAAAUUAUUGUUGUGUAUGAUAUUUCACUGUUAUUAUAGUAAUUGUGUGUUAAUGUUAUUUAAAUAAAAUUAAUAUUUUAAUUUUUAA